CUGCUCGAUCGCUCGGCGUUCGAUGUGUUUUCCUUUUCCUGGGCAGGAUUCCUCCAGCAGCUAGACGGGAGCAGCGGAUCGCCGAUUGAUCAGCAUUAUUCAGCAGCAGUGCACACCGGCAGUGAGUUCCUGUCACCAUGGUAAGGCCGGACACCGCUCCUGGGGCCCACACCGGUCCUGAUACCCUGCCUUUAUAUCCGGCCCCUGGUACCCGGCUGGUUUAUAGUACUGGCCCUGCCCUGAGCGAACACCGAGCGGCCAGGCCUAGUGUAACGGCACAGCCUGCCUGUAGUAACUGGGGGAGCCAUGAUCAGUCUCACCCGGCCCUGCAUUAUUAUUAUUAUUAUAGUAACUGGGGCAGCCAUGAUCAGUCUCACCCGGCCCUGCAUUAUUAUUAUUAUUAUAGUAACUGGGGGAGCCAUGAUCAGUCUCACCCGGCCCUGCAUUAUUAUUAUUAUUAUUAUAGUAACUGGGGGAGCCAUGAUCAGUCUCACCCGGCCCUGCAUUAUUAUUAUUAUUAUUAUUGUAACUGGGAGUCAUUACCAGCCACCCCCCUGGGAGAUUGGGGGGGUCAUUAUUAUCAACCCCCCCUGGGAGACUAGGGGUCAUUACUAGCCACCCCCCCCCGGGAGACUGGUGGUCAUUACUAGCCACCCCCCUGCUUGGAGACCCAGGCUAGGUAACCAUAACUCACCACAUUUGUUCUCGCGGCUCCAUUGUCUCUGGCUGUCCAGUGUUUCUGACAGGGGUCUGUAUUCUUUCAGAAAUUAGCUGCUGCAGAACCUCUUGGUUUAUAGAGACCCUUUGUUGGGCUUUUAUUUUGCUUUUCAAGCAAGAAGUGCUUGCUGUCUAUUCCAUAGAGGUUCUGCAGCAGCUGUGCUCAGUGUUUAGUGCAGGGAUAGGCAACCUUCGGCACUCCAGAUGUUGUGGACUACAUCCCCCAUAAUCCUGGCAAAGCAUCAUGGGAGGUGUAGUCCAAAACACCUGGAAUGCCGAAGGUUGCCUAUGCCUGAGUGGCUGGAAGGUGAGUGACUUAAAGGACCACUCUAGGCACCCAGACCACUUCAGCUUAAUGAAGUGGUCUGGGUGCCAGGUCCAGCUAGGGUUAACCCAUUUUUUCAUAAACAUAGCAGUUUCAGAGAAACUGCUAUGUUUAUGAAUGGGUUAAGCCUUCCCCUGUUUCCUCUAGCGGCUGUCUCAUUGACAGCCGCUAGAGGCGCUUGUUUGCUUCUCACUGUGAUUUUCACUGUGAAAGCACGCCAGCGUCCAUAGGAAAGCAUUAUGAAUGCUUUCCUAUGUGACCGGCUGAAUGCGCGCGCAGCUCUCUUGGAGGAGGAGAGGAGGCAGAGAGCUCCCCGCCCAGCGCUGAAAAAAGGUAAGUUUUUACCCCUUUCCCCCUUCCAGAGCCGGGCGGGAGGGGGUCCCUGAGGGUGGGGGCACCCUCAGGGCACUAUAGUGCCAGGAAAAUGAGUGUUUUCCUGGCACUAUAGUGGUCCUUUAACCCUUGGAUUGACAGCGAUUGUUAGCCUGGUACAGACUUCAUAGCAAAGUUCACAGCAGUCGGAGUCCCAAGUGUUAGCUGUGUACAAGUUAAUUUCAUAUAUUAGAAUAAUUAAUAAAAAUGUUGUCUAAUUACAUUAUCCUUUAACCAGUUUGCAAAGUUGAUAUGAAGUAUGUAAUAAUCAUGGUGGGUUAAAACUAGGCUGUCUUUCUUAUUGCUAUUUAGGGUGAGAAUGGUUUGUGGCAUUAUAUGCUAGAAUAACUUAAAUAUACACGUGUUACUUUCCUGUGAACAUAAUUUCGUUAACCAUUGUCAUUAGUGUUCAUUAGAAACAAUAAGUUUUUUUUUUUUUUUGUUUUUUAAAUUGUUUUACGAAUAAUAUUUUAAAAUGUAAUGAACAUAGUAGAUACUGUUACAUUUCCUGCCUGUGCUGUGCUAGGCCCAGCCAUGUCAUCAUGAGUUGGUAACAGAAAGUGAAAGUAAACAACAUUCUUCUAGUAUUAGUAUGUUUAUUCUUUUUAGUCCUGCUUUAUUAUUAGCUUUUAUAUACCACCAACAUUUUCCCUAAUGCUUUACGUUGGUGGUGUUAUAUAACAAAAAAUAACUGACAGAUGAAAUAAUGUUGGCAGACACAAGAGGUUUAGAGAGCCCUGUUCAUUCAAGCUUACUGUGGCUUUUACAUUCUAUAAAUGUAUCAAUCAUCCAUUUAUUACUCUUCCACUUUGCUGUUCUAUAUGAGACCCUAAGAAUCUACACAUUUUGUACCUUUACAUGUAAUGUAUUACUGACGGGUGCAGUAGAACUGUAAGCUGAAUAUUUCAAGUGAGUAAUUUGGCAUAUACUGGGCAUUGUUAGAAUAUUAUUAUUUAUAAAGCGCCAACAAACUCCGCGGCGCUGUACAGUGGGAUAUGAGACUAGAAUAAAGGUACCGGAGUAACAACAGGCGAAACACCGAUGCUGUUGUGCUUAAAUGGGAUCAGGGAGGCUAUCUGUGUUUUUGUGGCUCAUUCCAGGUACUGGACAUUAGAAGGGCAGUUUGCAGCACGUUUAUGUUGCUGUGAAUCUCUAGAAAUAAUCUGCGAUUUUGAUGGCUUCAUUAAUUAUGAAUCAAACACAGAAUGAAUCACUUUGUUUGUUACUCCUGUUAGGAAAACUUUGAUCUACACACCGGCUGGACGUUCUGUUCUAUACUGGGCAUAACUGUGCCUGAGUGAAUUCUGAUGCUGUCUAGAUAUGAUAAAAUAAUUGCGCUGUCACUAUAUAUAGUAUAUGACAAUAGUCAUAGGGCCAUUGCAGUAAACCUCUUUAAUUAGCAGAAAUUACAAAUUGCUUGUGUACAAAGUAUAACCCGCCCUGUUCCACAGGGGAGCAGUGCAAAUAGAAAACGUUUGUUUACAUUGAUGUAUUUUUCACUCUUCUUCUGUUUCUCUAGUUUCGCAACCAGUAUGAUAAUGAUGUCACCGUAUGGAGCCCUCAGGUACGUGUAGUUCACUGCUUGUCAUUUAUACUUCUGCCAAAUGACUGGGACAGAUUAUUAACAUUAGACUCUGAUUAUGUAAAUAUAAGAAGUAAAAAUGAAAAAUUCUCAUCGAUACAUUGUAUUUAAAAAAAAUGUUUUUUUUUUUUUUUGUUUUUUUUUCUUCCCAAAGGUAAGUACAGUUAUAAUGGCUAAAAAACAAGGCAUAUACAUGUUCAUUACAGUACAGUGGGUGUCAUACAUUGUGUAGUUCAUUCAUAACAUUUCGAAGUGACAUCCAUGUAUUUAGAAAAUUACUUUACAUAAAUCAAAGGAGUAAAAGGGGCAAACAUAAGGUCGAUGUAGGGCACAAGCCUUGUCACGUGGUUCUUAAUGAGCCCUUGCUAUAAGCUUUACGUUGCUUGGGUCUGAAUUUUGCUGGUGAUCUUGGGGGGUGGGGGGGGUUUCAUGACACUGAUAUGGUGUAUGUAUUGUCUGGGAUGUUGGUUCUUCUGAGUCGACUACCCUUAAGGAGGUGUCAGUAUCCUCUACAGCAAUUGGAACACCUGAUGCUGCUUGCUCCAACCAACAGUCCCAGGUGGUGUCAUCAACCAGCGUCUUUUAGAACGGCAAAGACUCCCAUUGGCUCAUCGAUCCAUUUUUAAAUGAUAUUUUCUGCACCACUUCUUGUUUCCUACAGUAUGGAUGUCUGGCUCCUAAUUCACUGAGUUCAAUUUGGCUGAGCCUGCAUGCUUUUUCUGUCUGGCUCACUCAUAAAAAAAUAAAAAGAAAAUCCCACGUUCCUCUUCAUCUACAUGUUUGCAAUGAUUUGGUUACACCAUCUUUAAAUGGAAACAUUAUAUUUAAAGGGGAUGCUCUCAUAUUCUAGAAACAUUAAGUGUUUGUAUGUGGCAGGCUAAAGAGCAGACUGCAUCUCCCAUUAGUCUUAGGCGGCCACUUGCUUUUACUUUCAUUUUAUUUUUUUUUAACUAGUAACGGUUUAUUGGAAUUGUAGCAGGCAGUGGUAUGUGAUUAGUCCUGAUGUUCAAAUAUAGUUAAAGGAACACAAAUGUGUAUUACUGACACCAUAGGUGUAAAACACCAGUUAGGUUUCUGUCUGUCCGUCCGUCCCCCCUCCCUUUCCUCCCUGUGAAAAAUACAUUUUACUUCCUUUUUUUUCAGUGCUGAGCAUGUCUCUUUGUGGCUGGCGCCACCCAUGCAUUGGGAGGCUAUUGCGCAUGUGCUGCAAAACGCUGCGCUGUGCCAAUACGCAUCUCUUCAUAGAGAUGCAUUGAAUCAAUACAUCUCUGAGGAAUGCCCGGUUUACUGAUUCACUCCUAGUUAAAGGGACACUAUAUAUUCACAAGAACAACUAUAGAUUAAUGUAGUUGUUCUGGUGUCUAUUGCCUGUCCCUGCAGGUGUUUUUAACUAUGUUUACAUCGCUGCCUAGUAGCAUAUAUUUCUCGAAUUUCCUUCGGUUUGGAUUAUAGCUUUGUAAGAUGUGAUAGUCAUGAUUGCAAAGGUCAGAGAAUUUUGCAGCUGUUUUAAUAUUUCUCCUUCAUCUUUCCACCAGGGUCGAAUUCACCAGAUUGAAUAUGCCAUGGAAGCUGUAAAGCAGGGUUCUGCUACAGUGGGUCUAAAGUCUAAAACCCACGCUGUGCUUGUAGCGUUAAAGGUAAGUGUAAUUGCUUCCCAGAAUAUUCUUCAGGAGUGAAUGAAAGCUUAGUGAAUGAUUCAAUACCGAUGGCGUUAUUGGCAGUUAAAAUAUAGCUGGUUUGGGUGGAAGAGUGUAGCCUGGUUAUAACAAUAGUUGGUGAUUCUGUGAUUCCGUUUGCUCUCCGUCCCUUUGGUUUGUUUUAUGAUUUAAUGCGCAGAAAGAGUAAAAGAGGAUUUUAGCCAGAACUCCGUGCUGUACAUGUAAUCUAGUUCCAGCUUGUACUUUAUUUUGCAGAGAGCCCAGUCUGAGUUGGCUGCACAUCAGAAGAAGAUUCUAAAUGUAGACAAUCAUGUUGGCAUUUCCAUUGCUGGACUUACAGCAGAUGCUCGACUGCUAUGGUGAGAACAUUUCUCUUCUUGUAUGUUUAAUUUCCACCCUGCUCUUUUAUUAUCUAUUUGUGAAGGGUUGAUUAGGAUUCCCUGUUACCCUUUCAGCCUCUGAUCUACGUUUUGUUUUGCAGUAACUUCAUGCGCCAGGAGUGCCUAGAUUCCAGAUUUGUGUUUGAUCGUCCACUUCCUGUGUCUCGUCUCGUGUCUUUGGUUGGAAGCAGUAUCCUUAUCAUUGCUAAUUCUGAAGCUUAAGGCAUCAUCUACCAAGCUGUGCCAUUUUGUCAUAUGAUCUGAGGAUAUAAAAACACAGUCCGUACUUUACGUCUGUGGACUGUAUUAGUGCAUACAACAUUUACUUCUCGUGUUUUUGGUAAGAGUAUAUAUUUACUCUAAUGUUUAGCGACUGAUAUAUUGAUAAUCAGUUUUACUAUCUCUCUCCACUCCUGCUCCCACAAAUUAUUAGUGUUCUGGCCUAAUUAGAUUCCAAAUAAAUACCAACGUGAACUUAGAAGGUCCUUACACUGUCCAAAUACAAAAUAAAAAUCAUUGCAUGGUAAAUAUCCCACCAGUGAAAACAUGUAUUGAAUUUUAUAUAUUUUCAUUAACGUUUAUCUUAAAAACUGCUUGCAAUAGCUGCAGAUAUCUUGUCUGCAGCCUUUGCAAGCUCUCCCAUUUUAAUCCCGCCCAGACUUUCUGUGGCUGGCCAAUCACAGCUAUCCCGAUGCAGCUUAAUGAGCAGUCUUUGCAAGCCAGGUGCUCUGGGCAAUUGCAGUCUCUUGCGUUUAGCUCCACUGAGCUAAACAAACCAGUAAGUAACAGGACCUGUUAUCUGCUUGGAAGCCAAAGGGGUGUAACCAAGUUAAUUUAUAACAAUUUCCGUCUUUAAUUAUGACAAUUUCUUUAGAAAUCUUUACUUUUUAUAAAACUAGAAGAGGACACACUCCUCACACAUAAGAAAUUUCACUGGAUUAAAGUGCUUUAGGUGUUUGGAGUGUCACUUUAAUGCACGGGCAAGCUCUCCUUAACUGCACAUCAGAGCUUGCAAUGGACAGAUUUAAUGGCAGUGCAAGCUCUCAUUCCUAUAUAAAGAGAAAUUCCCUGUCAAACGUCUUUGUUUUUUCCCUUUCUGUUUCCUUUUUUGUAUUUUUUUUUUUUUUUAUCAUCCUUAGUCCUCUAAGAAUGCAAUGAAGGCUUCACUAUUAAUUCACCAUAAAUUAAAAUACAUUCAUGAGGCGUGCUCCAUCUCUGGCAUGUAGCUAAAAUCCUAACCUAUACAUGUUCCAUAGACUAAAUAUCCUUCCUGUCAUGUGCACCCCUGCCACUCAACAGGCAACAAUUGCCCAGAACGCUGCUUUGCAAAGACUUCUCCUUGAGGUGCAUUGGGAGGUCUGUGAUUGGAAGCAAGCCAAGUUAUCUCCAAACACAAAUUAAAUUGAUUAUUAUUUAGUUUUUUUUAGGAGUUGCUCAGUUUUCUUUGACAUUCAUACUAGACAUAAACCAGUUCAGACAAUGCACAACCAUGGCUCAAAUUGCAAAAGAAGAGGAGAAACCUGUAACAUUGUUUUAUUUCUCCUCUCUGGUCUCUCUGUGCCGAUUGCCAGGUGUAAUGGGCAGAGUUUAUAACAAUGAUUGACAGGCAACUAAGAUGGAGGCGCCCAGAUGCAGGAUAAAGAUCUGUGGAUUUAUACAUUUUAAAGGGAAACUAUAGUGCCAAGAAAACAAACUCAUUUUCCUGGCACUAUGGCUACCCCCUUUGUCAAGGCUCCAAUAAAGGAGGAGUUAACCCUAGCAGGUAAUUAUUGCAGUUUCUUAAACUGCAACAAUUAUCUGCUUAGGGUUAAGGAACCUGGGACAGUGUACCCAGAAGACCACUUCAAUGAGCUGAAGUAGUCUGGGUGCCUAUAGUGUUCCUUUAAUUUUAUUUUUCACACCUCACAAACAUAUACUUGUUAAAUACAGGAAUAAAUAAACAUAACAUAAAAAAUAUUAAAGGGACACUAUGGUCACCAUAAUUCCUACAGCUUAAUGCAGUGGUGCUGGUGUCUAUAGCCGGUCCCUGCAGAUUGAGAAUUGUAAACUCAAACUUUAAAGAAAAGCGACUGUUUUACAUUGAUGCUUAAUAACAUUUGUGGCUAGACCAGCACAGUGAGGAAGAAAAGGUAAGUUUAAAAUCUUAUUUCUCUCAACUCUGAGAGGUGCCGGGGACCCUAAAAACAUGUUUGUAUUCCUAACAGUAUAGUGUUCCUUUAACCUUGCCACAAAUCAAACCUGUGGCUUUUUGCAACUUUCUUACUUAUCCACUGCACUUUCUCCCCAGCGAGGUCCGUUUUAUUCAAAUAUGCUGAUUAAAGAUGUGUAUUGUACUCCCUUCAAUUGCUAAAUUGGAGGAGCUUAUGACAAUGGUUCACAGCACCUCUACAUAUUUCCUCAAAAUCUGGGCUCCUUGCUUGGAGCAAAGAUGAGUCGCCUAACCCUCACCAGCGAUUUUUAUUUUUCUAGUUUGUUAUUUAGCCCACAAACUUUGCAUGUGUGAAAUGCAUACAUAUGUAUCUUUUUCUGCUAAAAAUUAAUUAAAAAAAUAAAAAUCUUUCUCAUUAAAUAAAGACAGAUGUGGAUGAUCGGACUUGAAUCGAUUAUUUUUUUUAUGCAUGUUUUCCUUAAUGGUUUUAAGAAACACAAAUCCCAACUCAGCGUUAUGGGCGAAGACCGUAUGGAGUUGGACUUCUAAUCGCCGGUUUUGAUGUGAGUGUGUUUAGACCAUAUAAUGUAAAUUCCAUCUCUUUGGUCCACACAGGUCCUUCAUUCACCUCUCUUAAUCCCUCUUCUUUCUGUAGGAUAUGGGUCCUCACAUCUUCCAGACCUGUCCCUCCGCUAAUUAUUUUGAUUGUAAAGCAAUGUCGAUCGGGGCCAGGUCGCAGUCAGCUCGCACGUAUCUGGAGAGACACAUGUCGGAGUUUACGGACUGUGAGUGAAUUAAUUUAUAACACUGUCACUUUGUGUUAGAUUAUCUUUAUUUACUGCCAAGUUCAUGGAGUUUAUUGUGUCGAAACGUCUACUGAGAAAAUGUGAUCAAAAUUAAAUUAUAUCAAUCCAUUUUAUAAAAAAUUUUUUUUUUUUUAAAUCAUGUGUAAUGAUUUGACAAAUGUUCCCAACCAAAGAGUUUCUACCUGAUUUAGACAAAAUCAUGGUAGACCAUGCAUGCCUUGUAGGAUUGGUUUAAUUUGCAUUGCAUUAAGGGAAGAAAAGGAACCACAAUCAUCUCCUACUGUUUCCCCCUUGUUCUCACCCUGAGCAGUUGGAUUGUACAUAAUGUUGCUCCUCACAAAUCCCAUGGAUCCUGUGAGCAGACUUUCUGACGGUUAUUGCUCUGUUUCUACAGGUAAUCUGAAUGAACUGGUGAAACAUGGUCUACGUGCAUUAAGGGAAACCCUCCCCGCUGAGCAGGACCUGACCACCAAGGUAAUGUCUGGCUGCAGCAGGAGAGCUCUGCAGCUAUUGACCUGUCUGCUGGACUCGCUCAAAUGACCUUUGUGUGUUCAGAAAUUAUGUUUAUGAAAUUGUGAGUUUUAAAAUUUUGUUUUAAAGAAUGCCUCGCUUACUGCUUUAUUAAAGGGGCACUCUAGACAUUAUAACAGUUACAACUCAAACUCUAAACCAUUUUCAAACGGUUUGGCAAAAACUUGAGCUCUCCCUACGCUCACAUCCCUGUCCUUUUGCUGCGGAUAAUGUAACGUGAAAGUGAUCUUCUGCAUGGUCUCAGAUGAUAAGAUUGGCUGGGGGCAGCAUAUCAUUGACGCACACAGAUGAAUAAUGCAUAGGUUCACAUUAGUUAAGCCCCAGCAGAGGGGCUGGAUGAGGUAUCAGCAGAGUCCUGAUAUUUGUAAAACUUCACAGAAAAACAAGAUUUGAUCUGCAGACCCUGUGCCUUGUAAUCUCAGUUCUGAGCUGUAGUUCCUUCCUGUUCAGUAUUAUAUAUUGGACCAGAGUUGGACGUUCCAGAUAACCACAAUCUGUUAACAAUUUUUAUUUGUGCUUACAAAUAAAUAUAUUAUGCUAGCAGAAUUCAUGUAUUGCUUGUAAACGUGUUCUGUUGCUUGCUGGCGUUUAACACUUCGUGAAUUGAAAAAAGUAGUUUUAGUUUCAUUGAAAUCUAUCCUGACUCAUGAUGAGUUUUCAUUUUAUACUGCUCUCACCAGACAUUUAAAUGGUCGUUCUAAGUAACACAGCCACUACAUCUUUUCGUACAGUGUAAAACCUCUUCAGCAUGCUAACAAUGCUCAGCAUUGGAUUGGUGGAUCAUGGCAAUUACUGUUUAUUCACUGUAUUCCCACAGUGCUUUACUAUGAGAAACCUUGGAUUGCACAGAGUUCAUCAAUGUUGAUCAUCUUGCAGUAGCAGGAUUGGGCUGCAGUGACAAGAUUUUUAUAAAACACAGGGAGCCAUAAAUCUAAAGCUGCUAAAGAACACAUUUGAUUUAAAAUAAUAAUUUUUUUUAAGUUAGUGUAAUCUUGAUAUAUUCUAAAAUUCUUCAGCUAAACUUUAUUUUUUUUUAUUUUUUAAAACAUUGCUUAACUUUGAUGGAACUCAUGGAGCUGCCCCGUGUUUUAAAUCUAUUUCCAUCAUCGGAUUGUUUUUCUUUUUAUUUAGUGUUUCCUUUUCAUCCUGUUGAGAUGUGUAAUUGCAAGUAAGUAGCAAGUGCAUCUUGAGUGCAUCUCAAAACCCACUCAUUUAUUUGCAGAAGGAAGCUAGUGAACAAUUUCAGUCCUUUCCAAGCAAAAGUGUGUUUUGGCAGUCUGCCUUAAAUUUGUUCAAACACAGGAAGUUCCAGCAAAAUGGAUAUUAGCUAAGAUUUUGGAGGAGACUGCGAUAAACAGGUGCAGAGGAAAUGGUUUAUAAAUGUUGUUGUUUAACGCCCACCCUCCUCUCCUCCUUGUUCUGCAGAAUGUUUCCAUUGGUAUUGUUGGAAAAGAAUUGGAGUUCAUGAUCUAUGAUGAUGAUGAAGUUGCGCCUUUCCUAGAAGGUUUGGAGGAACGACCACAAAGAAAGGUAUACGCUAGGAUAGUGUCCUGUGAGGCUGUUUAUUGAAGUGAACGUUAUAAGGGUCUGUUACCAUUUGCCACUUGAACUGUAGCACAACCAAUACAAUCUGUACAUCGUGCUGACAGUUGUGUGGACAGGAAAAAGACUGGGAGGAAGGGAAAGCGGGUCCUAUUUAUUUAUUCUCUAUUACCUGUCCAAUUUGUGUUAAGGGUGGGGUUAUAUCCAUAGUGAUGCUGCCAUGGAUAUGGGUGGUAAAACAAUCAGGAGAAAAGUCUAAUUAAAUUGGACUUUUGGCUCUGAUGUAUAAUGUUACCAGAUGGAAAUUAGUUUUUUUUUUUUUUUUUGUUCACCAUUGCAAUGUUCUUCUUUCUGUUCUCUUCCAGUCUGCUCCCCCAGCGGAGGAUCCUGUGGACAAGCCAGAAGAGCCAAUGGAGCACUAAUGGUGCAACCUGACUGCACGGGGGGUGAUAUCUGCAGCCCGCACCUCCAGUCUCCAAAGAAAAUCAUAUGUAAAUCUGAUCUUAAGUACACAUUCUGUAAUCAUUCAGAAAAACAUCCAUUGCCCAAAUGGUGCGGAAAAGUGUCUGUUUUGUAUGAUGCCAUAUGCCUUUGUGGUUUGAAGGCAACUUUAAUAAACAUUUUUUUUUUUUUCGUUGAAAGUGUUUUUUCUUUUUCUAUUGCCAAGCCACUUUAAAUGGUUACAGUUCAUGUAAAACAAAAUGAGCAUUAGCC